UUUCAGUGGGAUAGUUAUGCCUUGCUCUCAUAGAUUGCCAUAUACUUGUCAAUCCACUGGAAUUGAAAUCUCAUAACAGAAAUCUAUUUUCAUCUCCAUAACCAAUUAACUAUGGACCUGAAUGUGCAAAGCUUUACAAUUACUGGGUUUGUUUCUUUAAUUUUCAUCUACUUUGUAUUGCUCAUAAGAACAAAGAUUGCUCCAACGAGCAGUACAAGAGAAGCUCCUGAACCAGCUGGUGCAUGGCCAAUAAUUGGCCACAUCCACCAACUAGGCGGAGCUAAUCAGCAUCUUCACCAAACGCUUGGAAACAUGGCCGACAAGUAUGGGCCAGCCUUCUGCAUUCGCCUAGGGAACUUUCGUGCUUUUGUAGUAUCCAGUAGGGAAGUUGCAAAAGAAUGCUUCACAACUAAUGACAGAGCCUUUUCUUCCCGUCCCGUCACAGCAGCAACAAAGCAUAUGUGCUAUAACAAUGCUGUGUUUGGAUUCGCACCCUACAGUCAACAUUGGCGUGAGAUGAGAAAGAUAGUGAUGCUUGAACUUCUCUCCAACAGUCGGCUCGAGGCGAUCAAGAAUGUCCAGGCUUCUGAAGUGGAUGCAGGGAUAAGAAAGCUUUACUGUUUGUGGGCUGAAAAUAAGAGCCGUACUCCUGUGCUUGUCGAACUUAACCAAUGGUUAGAGGAUAUUACAUUUAAUGUGAUUGUUAGAGUGGUGGCUGGAAAACGUUAUACUGCAGGUGCAUCUCAUGAUGGUGAGGCGAGACGUUGCCAGAAUGCGAUUGCUGAGUUUUUUCGCUUGAUGGGCAUUUUUGUGGUUUCCGAUGCAUUUCCUUUUUUAAGGUGGUUGGAUUUCCAGGGGCAUGAGAAGGCAAUGAAGAAGACAGCCAAUGAAUUGGAUGCCAUACUUGGAGGUUGGCUGGAAGAGCAUCGCCAAAGGAAAGUUUCCGGACAUGUCAGGACUGACGAGGAUGAGCAGGAUUUUAUUGAUAGGAUGUUGUCGGCGGAGGACAGAGGUCAUCUCUCCGGUUUUCCAUACGAUGCAGAUACUAGCAUCAAGUCCACUUGUCUGGCUGUUAUAACAGGGGCCAGUGAUGCAACAGCGACGACAUUGACUUGGGCCGUGUCAUUGCUUCUGAACAAUCAGUUUGCUCUGAAGAAGGCGCAAGAGGAACUAGACCUUCAUGUAGGAGCUGAACGUCUGGUGGAUGAAUCAGACAUAAAAAAUCUUGUUUAUCUUCAAGCUAUAAUCAAAGAAACUCUCCGCCUGAAUCCCGUAGCUCCACUUUCAGGACCUCGGGAAGCCAUGGAAGAUUGCACUCUAGCAGGUUACAAUGUCCCAGCUGGCUCUCGCUUGAUAAUAAACGUAUGGAAGAUCCAAAGAGAUCCAACAAGUUGGACAGAUCCACUGGAGUUUCAGCCAGAGAGAUUCCUUACAAGCCAUGUUGAUGUUGAUGUAAGAGGAAAACACUUCGAGCUCAUUCCUUUCGGUUCAGGCAGACGAGCGUGCCCAGGUGUAGCACUUGCUCUCCAGGGCCUUCAUCUCACGCUUGCUAGGCUCCUUCAAGCAUUUGAUUUGGCAAACUCCAACGACGAGCCUGUAGACAUGGCUGCAAAAUCAGGAAUGAAUACAGCAAAAGCAACGCCAUUAGAGGUUCUUGUUUCCCCUCGUCUCCCUGCCACACUCUAUUCUAUUGUCAAAGAUUAAAUUCUAUUUCCUCGGCGUCCAUGUGAUUAAUUAACCAAAUUGAUCUAAGCAGAAUCAGUACAAGGCAAUGUUGAUGGCUAUUUACCAACAGAAUAUUCAAUAAUAAACAAGGAACAAAUAAAAUUAACAUUUUUGAAUUUUCAUUUUGUAAAAUUUCACACACUAACAAACAAAAUUGAUUUUCACC